AUGUCAGCCCAGACUCUAUCCGGAAAGGUGGCCAUUGUCACAGGGUCAAGCUCAGGCAUUGGUGCCGCCAUUGUCCGCGAGCUAUCCUCCCGUGGAGCAAACACAGUAGUCAACUACCCCUUCGCCGGCCUGAAGAACGAAGCCGAUAAUGUGGUGUCAUCACUCUCAUCUCCUGCCAUCGCCGUGGAAGCCGACAUGUCCCAGAUUGCCUCGCCCCAGAAAUUGGUAGAUGCCGCAAUGGCAGAAUGGAAUCGCAUUGAUAUCCUGGUUAACUGCGUUGCAUUGGCUGUUAAUAAACCAUUGGAGGAACAGACUCUUGAGGACUGGGAUCUCCUGGUCAAUAUUAAUGGACGUGGUACUUUUCUAUUGACCAAGGCCGUUCUGUCACAUCUCACUAAGGGCAGUGGGCGGAUCGUGAACAUUGCUAGUAUCUCGGCUCGGGGUCCACCACCUAACCAGACGAUCUAUGCUGGGACUAAGGGUAUGGUAGAUUCAUUUACGAAGUGUUGGGCGAAGGAGCUUCCUCCGAAAUAUGGAUGCACCGUCAACGCUGUCAGCCCUGGCCCGACUAUGACGGAAGGCUUUGCUGCUGCUGGUGAGGAACAGAUGAAGAUUCUUCAGCCCAUUAUUGAUCAGACGCCUGUGGGACCUCGGAUGGGACAGCCAGAUGAAAUUGCGUAUGCUGUUGCGUUUCUAUGCGAGGAGCGGGCGCGGUGGGUCAAUGGAACGCAUAUCAUAGCUUCGGGAGGGCUAUUCAUUGACUAA